GACCAAAGUAGGCGUUUGUCAGGCAGGUAUUCAGGCACGGGGGUUGCGCUUAAGAAUAGUGCGAAUGUCGCAGUUGUGGAGGGCGGUUCCGCCGACGUACGUAAGAAGUUUUUGGGGAGGGUCGUGACCCUGACAGCUGUGGGAGGUAAACACUGCAGGGGUGUUAAGGUGGAAACCUUAGUGGUUAAGAAAUAACAUGAGUUAGUAAAGGUCUGGAAGUAGUGUUUGGUUGCAGCAUCGGCAACUGGACUAGCAGUCUCCACUGUUUUCACCUGCAGGCCGGGCACAGAGAGUGAGAUUGGGUGCACUGUCCAGGCCCCGAUUUAGUACUUGAAACUGAUGUGAUUGGUAGUUGUGCUUCAAAGAGAAGUUUUGAAGUGGUGGAACAGAAGAGCUAGCAGCUCCUCAGCUGGCUCCUAAAUGUCCUCCUUUUGGAGUUUAAUUUCUUGGGCACAGCCUGAUAGUCAUUCUGGCUUCGUUUAGCGACUGCAUUCAUAUGUGCUGUGGGAACAUGGCGAAGGUAAACAUUACUAGGGACCUCCUAUACCGCCAGAUAAAGGAGAGCAGUGCUGUGGGCUUUGAAAGGCAUUACCAUGUUGUGGAUCCAUUUGUUGGACGGCUGGGCCUUGAGGCAGAGUUAUUGGGCCACUCGGGUUGUGUAAAUUGUCUGGAAUGGAAUGAAAAAGGAGACUUACUAGCUUCUGGAUCUGACGAUCAGCAUGCCAUUGUUUGGGACCCAUUCCGACACAAAGCUCUGCUUUCUAUGCACACUGGACACACGGCAAAUGUCUUCUCAGUUAAGUUUUUGCCUCAUUCUGGAGAUCGUAUCCUUAUCACAGGGGCAGCUGAUUCGAAGGUGCAUGUUCAUGAUCUUUCAGUGAAAGAGACCAUUCACAUGUUUGGGGAUCAUACAAAUAGAGUGAAACGUAUUGCCACUGCACCAUUGUGGCCUAACACAUUCUGGAGUGCAGCAGAAGAUGGUGUAAUAAGGCAGUAUGACCUGAGAGAAAACAGUAAACAUUCUGAAGUGUUGAUUGACCUUACAGAGUAUUGUGGACAGCUUGUAGAAGCAAAGUGCAUCUCUAUUAACCCCCAAAAUAACAACUAUAUGGCCGUGGGAGCUAGUGGGCCUUUUGUUCGUCUCUAUGACAUACGCAUGAUGCAGAAUCACAGGAAAACAUUGAAGUCCAAUACAUCUGCUGGGAUCCACACAUUCUGUGACCGACAGACACCCGUUCCAGAUGGAGCAGUUCAGUAUUAUGUAGCAGGUCAUCUUCCAGUUAAAUUGCCUGAUUAUAACAAUCGGCUAAGAGUUCUUGUUGCUACAUACGUAACCUUCAGCCCUGAUGGAACGGAACUGCUAGUCAACAUGGGAGGGGAACAGUGGUACUAGUUCCAUCUCUCUUAUUUUGUGAAACCCUACAAAUUUCUUGCUCCUUACCGAUGUCAUACCAUUGGUGAAGUACAAAAUGGGAAAACCACAACAACAAAUGGCAUUUCUAAUGGACUCCAUCUUCAUAGCAAUGGAUUCAGAUUGCCAGACACGAAAACGCACAACAGUCAGCAGAUGGACCUUCUUCCCCAUAUAGAAAAAAUGAAACAGCAGGCUAAUGAUGCCUUCGCAUGUCAGCACUGGUCUCAAGCCAUCCAGCUUUAUAGCAGGGCUAUCAAGCAAGCUUCCAAAAAUGCAAUGCUGUAUGGUAACCGAGCAGCUGCCUACAUGAAGCGCAAGUGGGAUGGAGAUCACUAUGAUGCUUUGCGUGAUUGUCUGAAAGCAAUCUCCCUUAAUCCUGGCCAUCUGAAAGCUCACUUCCGUCUUGCUCGCUGUUUGUUUGAACUUAAGUAUGUGGCAGAGGCAUUGGAUUGCCUGAAUGAUUUCAAAGGGAAAUUUCCAGAGCAAGCUCACAGCAGUGCGUGUGAUGCCUUGGACAGAGACAUCCGAGCUGCCCUUUUUUCUAAAAAUGAGAAUUCGGAUGAUAAGAAAAGUGGAGGCCCCAUACGAUUGCGAACUAGUGGGCGAAAGGAUUCUGUCUCAGAAGAUGAACUAGUGUUAAGAGAAAGAAGUUACGAUUAUAAGUCAAGGUAUUGUGGACACUGCAAUACAACAACUGACAUCAAAGAGGCAACCUUUUUUGGCAGCAAUGCCCAGUACAUUGUGAGUGGCUCCGAUGAUGGCUCUUUUUUUAUUUGGGAAAAGGAUACAACUAACCUAGUGCGCAUACUACAGGGAGAUGAGUCCAUAGUGAACUGUUUGCAGCCACAUCCCAGCUACUGCUUUCUAGCAACAAGUGGUAUUGAAGCUGCGGUGAAAUUGUGGAACCCUAGACCUGAGAGUGAAGACAUAAAUGGGCGAGUUGUAGAAGACAUGGAGAGUGCAUCACAAGCCAACCAGAGAAGGAUGAAUGCAGAUCCUUUGGAGGUGAUGUUAUUAAAUAUGGGUUACCGAAUCACAGGGCUAACCAGCAGUGGACCUGGUGGAUCAGAUGAUGAGGACAGUUCAGAAGGGCAAGUGCAGUGUAGGCCAAGUUAAAAUAAAAAAAAAAAAAAAAAAGGCCAGAAAACUUUCUUUGAUGAAUAAAGAUAUUUUGCUUCAGAUUUCCCUUUAUAGACUGACCACAACAGAAAAGAUUGAACUAUUCUACACUAUGCACAAAACAGAAGAGUUUAAUGAACAGGAAAAAGGGACUGCUGACGCUUUGGAGGACUAAAAGCGCAGUUAUUAGUUGCACUUUGCAUCAUUAUGGCUUCAUGUUGCGGGGAUGAGCCUGCAGUCAAGUCUGCAUUUGGAUGCCGGUCCUACAGUACAUAGUCACUGCAGGAUUAAUUCAGGACUAAAUAAUUGACUCUUGUACACAAUGGCUUUUGGCUGAAAGAAGCCAAUUAACUUGACCUGUUUGGCAGGGUUACCAAAAAAAAAAAAAAAAAAAAAACCCUUGCAUGGGUCAGUUUUUGCUGAAUGUUGCACUGUGUGGCUGUUUUUUAAAUCUCAGAUUGAAUCUUCAUUUUUUUGAAGUGACAUGCUUGGUUGAUGAAGUGGGGUGGGGUGAUGGGGCGGUAGGUAAGUACAUGCUGGGGUUAUGAAAUCAAGCCCACAGGUAUUUUAUAUACAUUUAUUUAAGUUUGCUUUGUUUUGCCAGGAUUAAGACAGUGUCAUAUUGCUGUGCUGCACUGCAAACCUCAUUCUAAGCAAUGAGGCAUGCUGGAUCAGUGUGGUAUUCGGUGACUUCAUUCUGUCUUCUGACCUGAAUUCCUCUUUAAAUAUUCGCCAAUGGUAAACUUCAUUCUGAUUUUCUGUUAUUUGCUAUGCAGAAAUGUAUCUUUGUAAGGAAAUAUGUUCUCCUCUAAAGAACAUAUCCUCUAAAGAAAAUAUCCUCCUCUUACCAAAAAAAAGGCUUUAUUUAUUAAAUUCUGCACUCCCUCUCUUCUUGAACGGUGUUUUUGAAUGAUUGCUAAUGAGCCUGCUUAUAUCAGAGUAUAUGAUUUUCUGUAUGUGACUGACAUUAUUGGCAGCGAGGUCCUGUUGUGUUUCUAGGUAUUGAAGAGGAAAGGCAUCUGAAAUGCCACGUAUUCCAGAUGGCUCAACUAUGUACAGUCCAGUGGCUAGUAUUUAAGAAGUAGGGCAACAGGGGGACAGUGAUAGUUUUGAUUGUAUAUUCCCUUUAUAGCCAUUAAAUAAAAGUUGGCUUCUUCCCUUAUCUGUAAGCGUAUAUGUAUUUAGUAAUUUACGUUAAUAGAUUUCCUAAAAUUUCUAGUCAUUUCACAUAGUAUCUGUUAAAAUGUAACCAGAACAACUUGCCACAUCUGUACUCCUAAGUGAAAUUAAUGGGCAAGGGACACUGAUUGCAUAUUCCAUCAGCCAAUAAUGUCACUUGCUUUUCGUGUCCGAAUAGAUAGAUGUGUUUGUAAUUUUGUCUUCUUGCAUCCCCUAACAAUUGUCUGCCAUUGUAGCCAGAUGCCAUAAGUCUGAUCUACAUCAUUUAAUUGUGGGUAGUUAGUGGCUUCAGAAAGCACUUAUGCAGCAUAUAACCACCAGUAUAUUACCCUGCCCUUACCAAAUAGCUAAUCGACUGUUUUAGUCUGAAUUCAUAGGUUCACAGGAAGGUACUAGGCUAUUGGCCCUAGGGCCUAUAUAAGCCUACCCAAAAAGGAACCCUGGCUUUCACCACCCAAGAAAAUUAUUUACC